AUGGAGACAACAGUUUUGAUGGAUACUCAGAGCGAAAUCCCACGUUUUUCUUUUCCUACAAUACCAAAAUUAGAAGUCCCUAGGCCAAAUAAAUUUAGAAACAUCAUAGAUUACACAGAUCCAAAAAUUCAAAAAAUAAUCGAAUAUGAUCAAUUAGACACGAAAACAAAGAAUAGAAUCUCAGCAAAGAAAUGGCGUGAUAGUAAAAUAAACCAUAUAUUUAAUCUUGAAGAUGCAAAUUACUCAAUACGGGCACAGUGCUUAGGUCUUUUAGAUCAAAUGACAUGUUUAAUAACAGAAAACGAAGUAAUAGGAGAAGAAAUUGAAUUGAUUAAGCUUUGUCUAACAAAAAUUCAAGAAUUCAAAAAUUAA